AUGAAAUUUAUGCAACGCAGUGGUAGCAGUAGUAAGAAACAAAAAGCAAAAUUAGCUACCAAUCAACAACAACAACAAACAUCUUCACAAAUUACAAAAUCAGAUUAUAAUGCAUCAGUCGAUUUUAUAGCGGAUCAUCCAGGAUGUUGGCGUUUAUUAGAAAACGAAGCAGUCGAUAAAGAUCUUGUCUCUAAUGAUCAACAAUCUAAUGAAAUAAAACAUCCAACAAUAAUUUAUAAAUCUAGUGUAUUCUCGAUAAACAAUCACAGUUAUACACGUUUAUCAUUCCAGAAUUAUAACAAAAAAGUUGAAUCAUACAUGUCAAAAUAUAACGUCUAUAAUAAUCAGCAAAAUGGAGAAGAUGGUGAGUUGAAACAAUCAGAUGAAGAAGAUAAUGAACAAAUAACGGAUGAAAAACUGGCGACUUACGCAACACUAAUGAAAACCAUAAGAAAAAAAUUUAACAAAAAGUCAUCUUCGAAUAUAAUAACAUUUGACAAUAGUUCCGGUGGAAAAAUAUCGAAACGUAAAAGAAGACGACACAAAAAACAACAACAAGUAAAUGCGACGCUGUUAGAAUCGUUACCCUCUUUUUCGUCACAUAAUUCUAAUAAUGAAGAAGAAACUGAAUCAGGUGUGUUUUUAAAUCUUCAAUAUGAUCAAGAACAAUCCAUCGAGGAGGGAAAACUAACAUCAACUGGCUUGAUUAGCGAAAUUAUUCUACAAUCGCCAGUGCCAGAUACCGUUGAUGAUGAAGGCGCAUCAAAUAACACAAGUUAUCCUUCAGUUAAUAAACUCGUAUAUUCUACACAACCAAGAAUGGACGAUGAGCAAUCAAUAAUAACAACCACAACGUCCUCAAAUGAACAUAAUAUAUCUAAGCACCAAAACGAUACAAGAGAUAUUGAAGAAAGUUUUACGGAAGAUGAUUAUGAACACAUAUUGAAAAGUGAUGUUAAACAUAUUUUUAUUUUAAGCGAUAAUGGAAAACCAGUUUUCACCAGAUAUGGCGACGAAGAAAAACUGUUAACAUUGAUGGGAGUCAUGCAAUCAUUGAUAUCAUUCGCUGAAAUUUAUAAUCAUAAUCAAUUAAAUUAUAUUAAAGCUGGACGUAGUCGUGUCGUUUUCUUACACAAUAAACCAUUGAUAUUUAUUUUAGUAACACGUUUAAAUGAAAAUUAUAGUUGUUUAUUACAACAACUAAACUAUUGUUAUUAUCAAAUAAUAAGUACUCUGACAUUGAGUCGAAUCAAACAUAAAUUUGAAGCACAACCAAACUUUGAUUUAAGACGAUGGUUAUCAAAUGCUGAAAAAAAAUUGUUACACAAUAUCAUCGACAUGUAUGAAACAGAUCAUGGGAUGAUGAUGUCAUGUGCAAAAUGUCUUAUUAUGCCAUUAAAUAUUAGAAGUCAAAUUGGUUUGGUCAUGGCACAAACAAUACGUGGACAAAAGGAUAUGAUAUUUGCAAUUAUACUUGCACACGGCCAUCUUGUCUCGAUUGCACGGUUAAAACAGUAUCAUUUACAUCCGUCUGAUUUACAUUUAUUGAUUAAUCUUGUGAAUAGUUCAGAUGCAUUUAAAGACGUAGAAGCAUGGGUACCUGUUUGUUUGCCACGUUUCGAUUCAGGUGGCUGUUUACAUACCCAUAUAUCAUAUUUAGACGAUGCCUGUGAUGUAUGUCUUAUCUUAAUGACAGUAAAUGCCGAAAACUUUCACAUAUUAUCCGAUUUCAAACAAACAAUUACUGAUAAAUUAAAGAAAAACGGCUUAAUCGGUCAAAUCAAAAUAGCGUUAGUACGCGAUAGAGGGCUUUCUGAUGAAAUUGGCUGUAAUCAAUUACGUUAUUUUGCCUAUAAAUCACGUGGUUUAAGUCAGUAUACAUGCUCAAAAUUAUUAGCACCAUAUACUACGAAAGAGCAACAGAUUCGAUUAUUCGAUCUGAUACGUUAUAUUUACGGACGAUUGCAUGAUCCAAAUCAUCAAUUGAAAAUUAUUUAUUAUGCUGCUGAAUAUGAAUCUUUACUGGGUUGGCUUGCACCCGGUUUUGAAUUGCAUGUUGUCUUUUCACCUAUGGUUACAUUAGAUACAGUGACAUCUUGUAUUGAUCGUAUAUUAGCUUAUAUAAAACGAGAAGAAGGCCAACUAUUUAUAAUGAAAUGUGAAUAUUUUUGA